GUCCCGCAUAAGUUCAUCCCUGCAAUUCUUACGGUUGGCGUUUAUGAAAAUCUAGUCAUCCCACCCCCUCCGAGCUGCUACUCUCGAGCUGACGAGGCUGUCUCGCCUGUUGGGCGGGGUUAUGAGACUGCGCCGCAAAUGCCUGAGGCAUGUAUAGGGUUGGCAUAAAUGCGAAGACGAGGCCCUUUCAUGCCUCCUUCUUUCCUUCUUAUCCUCACGUUUGAUACUCUUGUUAGUAAGAUUGAUCGUUGUUUUUAUUUUUCAUACCACAAUCAGAGGAGCUCAGUCCAAUACUGCAAGCUUAGAGCUGGCCAGCUCCCAACAUACAAUUGGACGGUCAUUGCCCCUCCUCGGCUGCUUACUCCGACAGUGACACCAUGAAGAGGUUACUUCCCGCUAUCUGCACCGGCCUUUUGGUAUGCCAUGUUCAGGCUGGACCGGCAGCAUACGGGAUUUGCCAAGCCGGCUGCGCAUCUGUGGUCACAGCUUGCUACGCAGCAGCAGGCUUCACUUGGGGAGCAACUCUUGGGGCUACUGCGCCAGCAUCCGUUUUAGCCUGUAAUGGUGCCUUUGGAAUCUGUCAAGGUGCAUGUGCCACUGCUUUACUGGCACCAACCUUAUAAGGUGCGGGCAUUGUACGUUCUAUACUACUAAUCUUCCAUCUCGUAAUUUGCAUGUUGACUCGUCCAGUUUCGAAAUCUCUUUGAGACAGUCGGUUAAAGGGAGAACAUAGGUUCCAUCAACUUUCAGUCUCGAAAGGGUAUUGGCAGAAUUACUAAGGUGGGCUUGCUGAUCUCGCGGGGACAGCCAAUCGG